AUGUCUCCAUCCAUAAUUGAUCGGGACAUGGAAGAGGCAAACGGAGCAGCAGGGGAGAAUGGGCCAAAUCCCGGCGAGCCUCCAAGGUUUCUCUCACGCCGUCGAUGGUCACAAUCCACAGGAAGAAAGAGCGGUUCAAAGAUAGAUCUAAGAAAAGAGCAAGCUCGGAAGCAGGAAGCCAACGACAAUGGCUUGAUGAGGGGUGGGUUGGGUGGUUCCGAUCGGGGAAACGGUUGGGGUCGUGAAGGUGAUAGCAGUCGGUACCUCCGAGUGUUCUUCUUGGGUUCUUUCUCACAUACUUCUUGCAACAAAACAGUAAGGAGGAGGGUGGCUGCAAACGCCGAUCAACGGGGUGUUUGGGAUUGUGCUUCUUCGAUUGGAGGAGGAAUGGUCUCAGUGGGGUUUAGCAGAUCGCGACUUCAGGGGUGUUGCUCCGAUCAGUAA